CUCUUCUGGUAAACGCACAAGACCGAAAGUCAAGCUACCACCCCUGCAUUGCCCUUGUUGAUGCGCAAUACAAAAAGCCUAUGAUUUUAUGAUCGAUCAUCAAAAAUGAAAAACAUGACUACCCUUCUUUUAAUUUUCUCCAUUUUUACUCUGCCCAGCUUUCUGAUCAGUACGGAAGCAGUAUACCUUUACCACAUCUGCCCAAACACCACCACCUUCACCCCAAACUCCACCUUCCAGUCCAACCUCAACCGCCUCCUCUCCAACCUCUCGUCCAACGCCAACCGCUCCACCGGCUUCUACAACGUCACCGUCCAAACCACAAACAACGCCGUCUAUGGCCUCUUCCUCUGCCGCGGCGACGUCGUGGGCACCGACGCUUGCGAAACCUGUGUAGCCACCGCAACCACUGAGGCCCCACAACGCUGCCCCGUAGAAAAACAGGUGGUCAUCUGGUACGACGACUGCAUGCUACGCUACUCCAACGAGUCAUUCUUCUCCACCGUUACCGAGUCGCCCAGCGUAUUCAUGUGGAACACGCAGAACGCCACCGACCCGACUCGGUUCAACCAGGUCAUGGCGGCGAGUGUGAACCAGGCGGCCAGUGAGGCUGUCGGAGACGCCGACAAGUUCGGGACGAAUCAGGCAAAUGUUAGUGGGUUGAUUUCGGUGUACAGCCUCGGGCAGUGCACGCAAGACCUGUCGGCGACGGAUUGCAACCGCUGUCUUCGGGGGACCAUAGCCCUACUUCCGAGUUGCUGUAAUCGGAAACUCGGAGGACGAGUUUUGUUUCCGAGUUGUAAUGUUAGGUACGAAGUCUACCCCUUCUACGCCCAGAACGCCACGUCGGCACCUGCGCCUGCACCAGGGCUGCCUUCUCCUCUUCUUCCUCCGACUAAAGGAAAAAGUACAAUCCCAACUAGGACAAUUGUUGCCAUUGUUGUACCAAUAUCUGUAUCUGUGCUACUUUUUGUAGUGGGUUACUGCUGCAUAACUAGGAGAGCAAGAAAGAAGUACAAUCAAGCAGCAGCAGACGAACCAAGCGGUGAGAAUGACAUUACUACUGCCGAGUCUUUGCAAUUUCAUUUUGCUACCAUCCAAGCAGCUACAAGCAAUUUCUCCGAUGAUCACAAGUUAGGCGAAGGUGGUUUCGGUCAAGUUUACAAGGGUACACUUUCAAAUGGUCAAGAAGUAGCUGUGAAGAGGCUAUCAAGGAACUCUGGCCAAGGCAUAGAAGAGUUUAAGAAUGAGAUGGUAUUGGUAGCCAAGCUUCAACACCGAAAUUUGGUUAGGCUAUUGGGAUUUUGCUUGGAAGGCGAAGAAAAGAUUCUUGUUUAUGAAUAUGUGCUCAACAAAAGCCUCGACUGUUUCUUAUUUGACCCUGAGAAACAGGGGCAAUUGGAUUGGACAAGACGUUACAAGAUUAUUUCAGGAAUUGCUCGAGGAAUCCUGUACCUACAUGAAGAUUCUCAACUUAGAAUUAUACAUCGUGAUCUCAAAGCAAGCAAUAUAUUGUUAGAUGGGGACAUGCAUCCAAAAAUAUCUGAUUUUGGCAUGGCCAGGAUCUUUGGGGUUGAUCAAACUCAAGCAAACACAAAUAGAAUUGUCGGAACAUAUGGUUAUAUGUCUCCCGAGUAUGCAAUGCAUGGGCAAUUUUCUGUCAAGUCCGAUCUGUAUAGUUUCGGUGUUUUAGUGCUAGAAAUCAUCAGUGGCAAGAAGAACAGUAACUUUUUUCAAACCGAUGCAGCUGAGGACCUCGCGAGCCAUGCUUGGAAGUUAUGGAGAGACGGGACAUCUUUGGAAUUGUUGGAUCUGUGUCUGAGAGACUCUUAUUCAAGGACUGAAGUAAUCAGAUGCAUCCACAUCGGCUUACUUUGUGUUCAGGAAGAUCCAGCUGAUAGACCUACAAUGCAAUCGGUAGUUCUCAUGCUCAAUAGCUACUCUGUCAGUCUGCCAUUACCUAAACAACCGGCAUUUUUUCUCCAAAGUAGAGCAGUGGGGAACAUGCCAAAGAUAUCGUUGGAGUCCGAUCAAUCUAUCAGCAAGUCAUCUCUGUCUGUUUAUGAAGGAUCUAUCACUGAAGUAUAUCCCAGAUAGUGUGCAUUAAUGAGGCGUUUGAUCUAUUGUAAUAUAUGUUUAUCAACCUACUGCUUCGUAAUCUAUGGAUUAGAAUUUUAUACAUA